AUGGCCUCGAAUUCGGCAUCCUCACACAGUUUCCAGAAGCUCAAAAUCGAUACCUCGUCCAGUCCCAAGCCCGCACCCUCGUCCUUUGCAUCUAUCCCGCGCGACGACCCGUCGCACGCCGCGCAGGAUGAUGACCACGCGCAAUCGCACCCAAAACCUGUCACUGAGGCGCAGAAGAUAAUUGGCUCUUACUAUUCUUCUAGCAACGGCUAUGCUGUCCCCUAUGAUCUCGCAGUGGGAAGCAGCGGCAGCGAAGAUGGCUUCGGCCUCGCGCAGCCGUUUAGGCACCGCACCACCUCCAUAAGCUUCGACAAUGAGGUGCGCCUCGACAACGGCGACACAGUUGCUCUCGAAGUUCCCGUGCCAAAAUCCAAGUCGCGAUCCUCUUACUCCCACACUCCAGACAGCGGUAGCUACUCUGACCAUGAGUACCUCGAGAUGCCCCUCCCCCAGCGCAGAUCAUUGGCGCAUCGCGUCGGUAUAUCCAGGUACCCACUCCUACAGACGACCGUCGAUAGCCUCGCCGACGACCCGGAGUAUCGCGACCAGGUCUCAUCCUUGACUUCUGACACCACUGCCUCUCCCCCGUUCGAAGAGGCACGAACACCCCUCGAGGCACCUUCCGAAUAUGCAUUGUCGCCUCUCGCUGUCGCUUCGCCUUCUGAAUUCCCGGGGUUUUCGCCGCGCCUCCCUGGUCCGGCGAGGACGAGGAGCUGGAGAGGCGAAACCAGUGAGGAUGGAAGCAUGAAACGAUCAAGCCGCCGGUCUUCGAAUCGCUCGGGUCGCUCUUUAUCAUCCAUGUCGCCCGCUGCGUCGUUCCUCGCCCGCUACAAGCCCUCUGAAGUGCCCAUCAAGCCCAGCGAGCCCGAUGACGAAGGUCAAGGCAUCGGCUAUAGCAGCGAGUACAUCAUUGGAAAGCAAAUCGGCUACGGCGGGUUCAGCAUCGUCAAGGAGGUGACGAGCAUGGAGAAUGGAAAGCCCGUGGUCAAUGCUGUCAAGAUCGUGCGCAAGCAGCAGCAAGAGAAAUCAGAGAUCGAGAACGAGCAGAUUCAGACGCAGUUCGACCAUGAGGUAGAGAUAUGGCGCUUCUUACGACAUCCGUACAUUCUUCCGCUACUUCGGGUCUACACCACCGACUUCGCUACCUUCUGCAUCACCAAGCUGAACAAGGGCGGCACCCUUUUCGAUCUGGUGCGUGACACACGGCGCAAAAAAAAGGCAGGGCUCCCUGAGAACCUGGUGAAGCGCUAUGCGUACCAGCUGGCAUCGGCCAUGCGCUAUCUCCACAAUGAUGUACAGGUUGUGCAUCGGGACAUCAAGCUAGAAAACUGUCUCGUGGACAUGACCGUACCCCAGGCCGAUACCGACGGUGGUGACGUUCUUCUAUGCGAUUUUGGUAUGGCGGACUUCAUCGUCAGCGACCAGCGCGACGGGCCAGAGUCUCAUUCGAUGGGUAGCAACCAGAAUAUUGGGCCUGCCGAAACUAGUACUUCAGUCGCAGGAAGUCUCCAGUACGCGGCUCCCGAGCUGUUCGAUGCGCCAGGUCCCGUCUUCUCACCAGCUGCAGACAUUUGGGCAUUUGGAGUGGUUCUGUAUGCUCUGAUCACUGCUACUCUCCCAUUCAACGAGGGCCUAGACAUCAAGACCACACAAAAGAUCCGCGAAGGCAGAUGGGAUGAGGAGACUGUGCGCAAUGCAGAGUCUCUCAAAGAAGGCGGUGCAGACGAUGCGCUGGCCUUGCUCCGCGGAUGCCUCGAGCUUGACGUCGAGAAGCGCUGGACAAUCCACGAUAUCCUCGAGUGCACAUGGCUGCACGAUCCCAAGCAACGUUUCGAGGACGUUUCCCGGUCUUGGGUGGAACAAGACUAAGUGCUUUGUAUUAUUGUUUUUCCACAGUUGUCUCUGGCGACAAGGGGUUCGGGCAAGUUUCGCGCGUUUGGAUACCCGUUUCGCUGCGUUUAUGAUUUCUCCCAGGUUCGCAUUCUCCUCAUUUGCAUCAUUUCGAUCCGGUCUUUUCCUUGGAUACCCUUUCUGGUCAGUCCAUUCACGACUUUGUCCUUCUACGUUUCUUGCAUGGCGUUUCGCGCUCAAAAAGGAUGGCUCGCGCUCGGGUCUCACGAUGUGUAUAUCACGAUGGUUGCACGCUUGUAUUUUUAUUGGACACGAUGUUCAUGUGGGAAGGUUGUAGCAACAGGUGACAUGCAUUACCUCAAUACGAUUUUGAUCAA